GGUCACCCCCUUCGUGGCCUCCAGUCGCAGUUUCUCGGUGCACGGCUAGCAGUAUUAUCAUAAUGGUCCAGACAAAAUUAUUUUCUCUGAUAUAAUUAAGCGAAGAAUAGUUUUGGGCCAUGUUGCCAUUGAAUGUGUUGGAUUAGAAUGACGUAAAUGGAUUAAAUUUAUUUUAUUCGUCCUUGCGCUUGUUUCGGAUUUAUGCCCAACCUCACAGAGUGCCGACUGGGUACGGCUUUUCGGGUAGAAGGCUGUGUAAUAGAUUCUCACCCGACGGGAGGCGUUCCUGAUGAACCAGAGACAUCAGAUUUUGUAGUGUCUUGGACACAAGAUAUCGAUGGGGUAAUCACAAAGAACGCAUCUUUUGAUAACACUUCCGUGGAAUCAACAAUGUCGGGUGAUUCAGCAUGCAAGGAUUCAUGCGAAGGUUCCGGUGCAAAUAAAAAGCAAAAACGAAGCUCAAUGAAAGCGAAAAAGCCAUCAAGACACAUUAGCGGUUUAUUUCGGUUCAAGAAAUCCCAGCCCGGGCAAUCUGUGCGUCCUGUUUCUCCUUCCUCUGAUGGUCAGACAGACCUGACUGUGAGUUCUCCUACCUCAGACAGUGAGCCGACGAUUGGAACACAAGAGAAUUCCUCCACUGAAGUGGAACCAGAUGGGAAUGCUGAACAACACUCAGCCACGGGGAAAUCUUCCUGGCUGCUGCGCCUGUUCGAGUCAAGUUUAUUCAAUAUGGAUAUGGCCCUUCAGUAUCUGUUCAAGACCGACGAUGAUGAUGUGAGAGCUUAUCUGGCGAAUAGGCUGUUCGGUUUUUCCACAAGCGAUGUGGAUUUCUAUCUACUUCAACUCGUCUCACUCUAUCAGAAGUCUCCGGAGUUGGCGAAACACUUACAUCGCUACUUCAUUCACCGCUGUAUGCAGUCGACUGAAUUCGCCAUCCAUCUGGUAUGGCUAUUGGACACAUUUGCUCCUCCACAACAGCGAGAUGCUCUUCGUUCUGCAUCAGGUGCCUUGUGCCGCCCAUCUUCAGUGCCAACGUUCUCUCAAGUAACUAGCACAAUGACGUCUGCUGGAACACUCCUCGACCACUCUACCGGGGGCUCUACACCGCGCCAACUUCCUCCCCACACUCAGUCGAACCAGAGUCAGUCUACCGAGUCAGAUGAGACGAGAACCGUGACAGCCAUCGUGGAACCGCAAGAAUACACGGCCCAAAAUCUUCGUAGCAUAAUUUUCCCAACUCAAGAGCUUUCACUCCUGCUUUUAAACCGGAUCGUCAGUGUUUCGAAUGAGACAUCAUUGCGCGGUUCAAGUCACUCCUCACGUGUCCUGCGAACGAAUUCUGAGCUCAGGCCGGACAAAACAGAUGCUGGGCCAUCAAACACGCAGCACAGUGCGACGCUUCCUCUUACUGGGCAAUCUGUGCCAUCCGACAACGGUAGCAGAACACCUCUGUGUAGUUCUUUGGGACACAAACGAGCGGUUUCCGACAUCUCUUUUCUAGCUUCCCAUCCUGAUUCCCACGGAGCCCGACUCCACACGGCCAGGACCCAACAAUCAAAUGUGAUUUCCGCCACUGCUGAGGGUGCGAUUGCGAACGAACGUGUUCAUACAUCGGACCGUUGGUCGUCGGAAGACUCUGCGGUCGGUUUAUCGCACGACUUGGAGAAUGAACAGGAUUUGCCCAACUCGAUGCCGCAUCGUCUGAACGGAGAUUGGUCUGUCCAUUCUCGGCAUGCCUGUACACAAGAUCGGACAUUUGGCAUCACCGGCUCGUGUUUCAGCGUGAACAAGAUAAUCACCAAGGAACCGUCUGGUUUUGAACUACGCGCUGUCCACAGUUUGCAACGAUUGAGCUUGGCAGACGUACCUACCGCAUCAGACGAUACAAACUUACGUGGCCUAAAACGGUCGGCUCCCUCCCGUAACCACAUCCCCAGUAAUCAUCCAGUUAGUGACCCUUCGGCUUCUCACGAUGUCGGUAUGAAUACGUCAUCCUCAAUGAGUCCUCCUGACAGUGGGUUGCAGUUGGUUAUUACGGAUUCGUCGCGCCCUCUUUCCGAUGACAAACUGACUGUCGAGCCCCAAGCAGCUGGUCAACAAGCAUAUCUUGACACAGGUUGUCCACUGGACCCGACGAUCAGCCUACAACUCCAGCUAGUCCCUCGGUUAGUUCCAGAGUGGGACUUCAUGGACGGACUACUCAGACUUGCCAGGCGUUUGAUUCCAAUCAGCUCGAAAGAGCAACGCACGGCAUACCUUCAAGCGGAACUUGCUAACCUCAAUCUACAUUUGCCAGCCCGUGUGUGGCUCCCGGUGAACAAAGCUGAUCACAUUGUCCUUCGCAUUCCACCCACGGCUGCAGUUUGUUUGAAUUCCAAGGACAAGGCACCUUACUUGAUUUAUUUGGAAGUAUUGCCAUGCAGGGACCCUUGGUCAGACCCUCUUCCGUCAAGACCUUCAAGUUGUCACAUGCGCCUAUGCGGCCCCUCUUCCUUUCCAACUGGAGCCACCUCUCUCACAUCGCUGUCUCAGUUUCCGUGGAAUUCCAGCACGCCUUCUUCUGCUAGUGCUGUCAGCGCCAUCGCCGCGCCGGAUGCCCUGAGCCUCGUGUCGUCAGAAUCUAGCAAUUCAGCAGAAGAUCGAUGUUCCCACAUGGGUGACCAUAUCUCAGCAGUAGCAGUCGGUCACCCGGACAGCCAUUCUCGUACUGGCAGUGCGGAAACAGAUCCAUUUGAAUCAACAAUGACUGCCCAAAAGACUCCACUGUACGUGGCUGCCGGUGAUAUUCGUAGUCGUCUCAAAGAACAAGCCGAACACCAACCUCUUCGAUCUUUCAAGUCUGAUCCUGAGGACCCCAGUGCUGCUGUUCUAAAAGAGCCGUGGCAUAUGAAGUGCCAACGCAUCCGUGAGUUGUCUCCGUGGGGAUCUCUGCCUGGUUGGCGAUUGACUGCUGCUAUUGUUAAAGUUGGUGAUGACUUGCGUCAAGAGCAAUUGGCAUACCAGCUCCUUAGUGUGCUCCAGCGUAUUUGGAAAACCGAACGCGUACCACUGUGGCUUCGUCCCCUCACUGUGAUUGUUACGUCUCCUGACAGUGGCCUAAUCGAACCGGUUCCCGACACGGUCUCCCUGCAUCAAAUUCGACGGCAUGCUCGCCUCUCGUUACUGGACUACUUCCACCGAGAAUAUGGCCCUCCCAACUCAGAAGCCUUCCUGACAGCUCAACGGAACUUUGUCGAGAGUUGUGCGGCAUACUGUUUAGUGGGAUUCUUGUUACAGGUUAAGGAUAGGCACAAUGGCAACAUUCUUCUGGACAACGAAGGUCACGUGAUCCAUAUCGAUUAUGGCUUUAUGCUGUCCGCUUCUCCAGGAAAGAAUCUCGGGUUCGAGACCAGUCCAUUUAAACUGACCAGUGAACAAGUUGCCGUGAUGGGUGAGAUUGGUAGCGACAUGUUUGAGUACUACAAAUGUCUGCUUCUACGUGGGCUAUUGGCCGCUCGAAAACACAUGGAAGAGAUUUGUGUACUGGUUGAAAUCGCUCGAGUCACUUGUCCCCAGUUGCCUUGUUUUGCACGAGGUUCCGGAUCCGCUGCAAUCAGUGGACUACGUCAGCGCUUCCAGUUAUCACGGACGGAGGAACAGCUGCGGCAAUCGGUUGAUUUCAUGGUUGACGCUUCGCUGAAUUCCAUGACGACCAGACUGUACGAUCGAUUCCAGUACUACACCAACGGAAUACAAUGAAGAGAUGAAUGUGGUAGAGCAACAACGUUUGGGACUGCCAUUCCCAACACGACACUUUUCUCUUUCAUAGGUUUCAUUCCUUUCAUCGAUCGGUCAUUGUUUUGGACCGGAAUCUGCUGCUGUGAAACAAACGCACACUUGAAUUUUACUCAGUCGGAGUUCUCAUCCUCACCUGACGGUGGUCUGAAUCCUUUGUUCAAAGUCUCAUACGCGUGUUGUCCGGGAUUCGGCGCUUGUUGGUCUUUUCUACGAGAUCCUCGGCCACCGUUCAACGCCUUCAUUUUUUCUACACCCGAUUCCUGAUGUUCGUCGCGCUGGGUUCGGGCUUGGCCCUCUCACCUGUGUGAGACGUUUCUUUUUGUUUUUCUAUACGCGCAGGCACACAAAAACACAUGGGAGAAGAUCUAUUUUUUACCGUUACCAUUACUAUUAUUCUUACCAUGUUUACCACUAUUCCCCCGCCUGUUCUUAACGUACUGUAUCCCCGACAGACACCGAGGCGGGUUUCUGAUUGCUGUGAAGAAAAAAACAACACUCUCCAAUACAUGGCGUGUACCUGACUGACUAACUGUUUUGCCGACCAACUGAUUAGGUUGUGGUAUCGAUUCGUGCUUUAUUUUUUUUGUUUUGAUUUCUCCCGUUUUGCUAUCUUUCAGAAGCAGAUGUCGGAUCAUUUUCUCUCUCCUCUCUUUUCCUGCCUCCCUCUCUCUGUGUGUCAGUUCGAGUUCACUUGGGAGUCCUUGUACAAAUUUGUUGGAUUGUGUUUGGUUUUGUCGUCUGUCCAUACAUCGUCUGUCUUUCUGCGUGCUUGUGUCGCAUUUUGUUUGCUUACUGUUAACGGGGGGCGCCAUACUCACUGUCUUUUAAACCGGAAGUCGAUCCUCGUUUCUCGGUGGCUUUCAGGUAGAUUCGAUCUGGAGGGCCUAUUCGUUGUGUUAACCCCGCGAAGUCAUUUGAAUAGGUCCUGUCCUCUUUCUAUGGGCAAACACCUGAUGCACUAAACAGUUUGUCG